AUGGUGGAUCACUCAGACGCUUCGCCUCUCAUCGCUCCGGCGCCGGUCGCCGAGCCCAGCGAGAUCGACCUGGAAGCGGGCCCUGGUGAACAAAUCCAAUGCCGAAUUUGCCUUGAAAGUGAUGGUAGGGACUUCAUUGCUCCUUGCAAAUGCAAAGGGACUUCAAAGUAUGUUCACCGGGAAUGUUUGGAUCAUUGGAGAGCUGUAAAGGAAGGGUUUGCAUUUGCUCAUUGCACAACCUGCAAGGCUCCUUACCAUUUGAGAGUUCAUGUUAUUGCUGAUAGAAAAUGGCGAACCUUGAAAUUCCGAUUCUUUGUCACUAGAGACAUUAUUUUUAUAUUUCUGGCUGUUCAGCUUGUGAUUGCUUCAUUGGCAUAUUUGGUGUAUCUAAUAGAUGGUUUCCAGCAAUUCUGGCUUCGUCUUGCAUGGGGUUUUGACAGUGAGCUUAGUUUCUACUAUAUAUCUGGAGCUCUGUUGUUUUUCGCUUUGCUUGGGUUGUCUGGGUGCUUCAUUACUUGUUAUGACCGAAGAGUGCGCAAUGAUUUGGCUCAGCCUUGUCGAGAAUUAUGCCUUUGUUGCUGUCAGCCUGGUGUCUGCGCAGACUGUCAUUUACCAGGCACACUUUGUAUGUGGACUGACUGUACCACGUGCUGGGGUAGCUGUGCAAGUAUGGCAGGUGAAUGCGGUUGCUUGGGAGGUGCUGGUGAAGCAGGGCUGCCAAUACUAUUUAUAAUGGCUCUGAUUGUGCUGGGACUUUUUACAGUGAUUGGCAUAUUCUACAGUGUGCUGGUAGCUACAAUGGUUGGACAACGGAUUUGGCAGCGGCAUUACCAUAUACUUGCAAAAAGGAUGCUGACAAAAGAAUAUGUUGUCGAGGAUGUUGAUGGUGAGAUGACUGGAUGUGAUUGGUCUCCACCACUUCUCCCACCUGAGCAUAUUCAGCAGCUGAAAACGCUUGGCCUGCUAUAG